AACUCUAUUUUGUUUCAGAGGUCUCCGGAGGCAUGCCGUAGAACCCCAGUGUACACAGACUCCCGAGGCGCCUCUCAGGAUCCCAGCCAGGGCUUUAGCACCCUGGACAUCCCAGCCUGUUCGGAACCCUUUGGGAUUCCCCCUUGGAGCUUUAGUGCUACCAUAGCACCCUGGGGAUUCCCCCGCCUGGUCCACAACUCUCCAGGAAGAUUUGGAACCCUAUAGCCACCCACAGCACCUUAGGGAUCCUAUUCUGGUUCAGAAUCCUCUGGAAUCCUUUGGCCUCCAUCGGAAUUCCAGAGCCACCCAGGCUGUCUGGGAACCCCAGGGUACUCAUGAUUCCUGUGGAUCAAAAUCUAGGCAGACUCCCCUCAGAACUCCAGUGCAUCCCACAGCCCCUGGCACCCUUGUCUGGCCCAGAACCCUUGGAAACAUGUCUCAGAACUCCAGUGGAACUUCCAGCCUCUGGGGUCCCAGCGUGGCUCUGAACCUGUGGAGACUCAAGUAAAGUGUCCAGGAACUCUCGGCGAAAUCCCCUUACGUGCCACACACUUCCCCAUAUCUGGCUCUCCCUCUGUGGAGGGAAUUCUUCCUGAACUCCAUGAAGCCCCAAACAGUGCACUGUCCAGGUGAAGUUAGAGCUGGGGCACCGUGCCCAGCUGCGCAAGAAGCCCACCACUGAGGGCUUCACCCAUGACUGGAUGGUCUUCGUACGUGGCCCUGAGCAGUGUGACAUCCAGCACUUCGUGGAGAAGGUCAUCUUCCGACUGCAUGACAGCUUCCCCAAACCCAAGCGUGUGUGCAAGGAGCCCCCCUACAAAGUGGAGGAAUCGGGCUAUGCAGGCUUCAUCAUGCUCAUCGAAGUGUACUUCAAAAACAAGGGAAUGCAGGUUGACUGCUUGGUCAUCUCCACAGCCAGACAGGACCCCUCUGUGAAUGGAGUGAUGCCUGGGACCCAGUUAGGGGUGGCCAGGAGGAACCGAGGAAGGUCUGUUUUACCUACGACCUGUUCCUCAAUUUGGAGGGCAACCCUCCUGUCAACCACCUGCGCUGCGAGAAGCUCACCUUCAACAACCCUACUACAGAGUUUCGCUGCAAGCUGCUCAUGGCUGGCGGGGAAGGAGCAGACUGGGGUCCAUCACUGCCAUAGCCAGGCAGCCAGCAGUGCCCAGCUUGGUCUCGUCCGCUUGUGGCCUGGGGUUAUUUGUACCAGUUGGACCUCACAGGUGCUUCUAAGAACUGGUGUUCACAAGACCCAGCUGGGGACACACAGCCUUCGUAGGAGCCUCACCUCUGUUGUGGUUGGGCAUGCUCCAGUGAGCAAGUCACAGCAGGGCAGGUCAAGUUCCUGCCCUCUUCCAGUUCGGUGUCGUGUGGUGUGGGGCAUCCGCAUCCCCAGAGGACAGGUGAUGGUAAUGCCCGAAGGAGUGGACACGGUGUCCAGGCCCAGCCCCGACUACCCCAUGUUACCCACAAUUCCACUCUCUGCCUUCUCUGACCCCAAGAAGAACAAACCGUCCCACGGCUCCAAGGACGCCAACAAAGAGGGUGGUAAGGCGUCCAAACCUCACAAGGUGGCCAGGGAGCACCGUGAGCGGCCGCGCAAGGACUCAGAGAGCAGGAGCUGCUCCAAGGAGCCAGAGCGCGAGCCCAAGAGUGCCAAGGAUGCUGUGCGCAAGCUGCCCAAGGAGGAGAAGGCCCCCGCACCCAAGGCUGCCUUCAAGGAACCCAAAAUGGCCCUAAAGGAGACAAAGCUGGAAAGCCUGUCCCCGAAGGGGGCACCCCAGCCCCCUACCCUGCCCAAGGCCUCCAGCAAGCGGCCUGCUGCCACGGACUCACCGAAGCCCAGUGCCAAAAAGCCUAAGAAGAGCGGAUCGAAGGGGACACGGCGUGCCCCUGGCACCUCACCCCGCGCCUCCUCCUCCUUCCCUGACAAGAAGGUGCCCAGGGACAAGAGCAGCAGCAAAGGUGACAAGGGGAAGGCAGACAGUGAGGCUCGGGAGGCCAAGCGGACCCAGCAGGCUGACGACUCAAACUCAGAGGAUGAGGCCUCCUUCCGGUCAGAGUCGGCCCAGUCAAGCCCAGCCAACGCCAGCUCCAGCUCUGACUCCAGCUCCGACUCAGACUUUGAACCAUCUCAGAACCACAGCCAAGGCCCCCUACGCUCCAUGGUGGAGGAUCUACAGUCUGAGGAGUCGGAUGAGGACGACUCUUCAUCUGGAGAGGAGACCACUGUCAAGGCCAAUCCAGGCCGAGAGUCCAGGCUAAGCUUCAGUGACAGUGAAAGUGACAAUAGUGCUGACUCCUGCCUGCCUGGCCGUGAGCCCCCGCACCCGCAGAAGCCACCUCCUCCCAGCAGCAAGGUUUCUGGCCGGAGGAGCCCCGAGCCCUGCAGCAAACCUGAAAAGAUUCUGAAGAAGGCUACCUAUGAUAAGGCUUACACAGAUGAGCUGGUGGAGCUGCACCGGAGGCUGAUGGCUCUGCGUGAACGCAAUGUGCUGCAGCAGAUCGUCAACCUGAUCGAGGAGACUGGCCACUUCAAUGUCACCAACACCACCUUCGACUUUGACCUUUUCUCCUUGGACGAGAGCACCGUUCGCAAGCUGCAGAGCUGCCUGGAGGCCGUGGCCACAUGACCCCGGCCACCACUGUGGAGCCACGGUGGGCAUGGGCACGGGAGGGGCUGGGCAUGAGGGCUGGCCCGCCAUGGCUCCGUUCCCGGUACCACCCCCAGCUCUCCAUGGUGCCCUGGUGCCCCUCAGUGGUUGGUGUUAAAGGGGCUGUGGGCCACACUUCCACAGGAGGGGGUGACACAGGACACAUGUGGCUUGCAUCCCCUUGUUCAUUCUGCCAGUUAUCCACUGUGGGUGGGGCUGAGUAGCAGGGCCUGGGCCUCUCUGAGUGGCCAGGAUGGCCACAGUCUUCCAUGCAGCUCACAGACCUCCCUCUGUGACCUGCUUCCUAGACUUGAGGGUCUGUCAGCAUGGUCAAGACUGGCCAUGGACACAUGGCCCUGCCUGGCAGGCCCUGUGCUUGGUGUCCUGCCAGCCUUGUGUAUUUGUGUGCUCCAAGUGUGUCCAGCAGCUGGGGAGGCUCAUGCCACCCCCUGCUGGAGGCAUGGAGGAUCUCCCCUCUAGAUCCCAGGAUGGCACUGCCUCUCCUGGCUCCAGGCCAGUGAACACUACGGUGGGCACCAGUCUUGGGCUCCCAAGGGCCACCUCUGUAGCCAUGUGCCAGCCAAGCACCCACAGUUCCAAGGCUGGCCAUGCUGGCACGUCUGGGCCACCAUUUCCCACGGGCCACCUCCUCUGUUCUCUCACUGAUCAAGUCUUUGAACUUUGAAAACGAGCUUUUGCCAAAUAUGAUAGGAUGGUGUGUGCGAGGCGGGCCCAGCCCCAGACUGCCUCUGUCCCCAGCCAGAUGGCCUCUGUCUCCACAGUGGGCCUUGAGAGGCUUUGGGCUUAUGUCCUAGAAACUGCCGAGAGCCGGGCCAGCCCCUUUCCCAUGCCUGAGCCUGGAGUACCACCCCAACCCCAACUCCAAUUGUUGUCAGUGUUUGUGCCCCAAGGUGUUUGAAAGUGGCCAGAGCUCAAGCUGGCUCACAGUUGCCUCUCUGAUGUUGCUUCCUCCCCAAUGUGGGUUCACCCCUGGAGGCCUGGCCUCCCAGCUCCCUCUCCCUGUCAGGAACACCCCAGCCUCUAAGGCUUCCCUUACCCCCAGGAAAAGGAGAGCCGCCCCCCCCCCCGCCCCUUUCUGACUCCCUCCAGCGAGGAAACAGGGCUUGGGCUCCACAUCUCUUUCCAAAUAGGCCGACAGUACUCUCCACCAGGCGUUCUGCAGCCUCCAAGCCUUUGGUCAGAAGGCCCUGGCAUUGUGGCAGCCGUCGGCAUCCACAGGGAAUGUGCCAGGGUCCCAAACAGCCUCAGCCCAGGGUACCAUUCUUCCUCUUGCGGUCACCAGUGGCCCAACCCUCUUGCUACCCUGGGCCUCGGUGUCCAGCCCUUCCAGAUGCUUCUGGGGCCCUCCUGGAAGCAUCCACCCAUCUCAGUUACCUCCUCUGGCCAGAAGGCCACACCACUGUCCUCCAGAGCCACUCUGGGGCCCAUACUGGCUGUCUGGAAGCCUAAAGAAGCAGCUUGCACCCAGAGCCCUGAGGGCUCUAGGGACUGGUCCAUAGGAAGGGGUGGCACCAGGACCACCCCCCUCCCGUGUCCCUGUGCUGCAGCCUCCUGAACCAGCUCACCACACUGGGUGCAAAGGUAUUGGAUACCUGUUCCUCCCCAGGGCUUCACAAGACAUGUCUCCAGGAAUAGACAUGUCACUGGCCCAGACGAGCCCUGGACAGAGGGACAAAGAGAGCCGUAUUUGUAAUGAGCUGCAGGGCUGUUUGUCCCGCAUUUUAAACUUUUUGUUAAAUUGUGAAAUUAUGGAGGAGUUUUAUAGAAAAUAAAGUGAGAUGGGAGUA